CCUAACAACCUCUUCCUUUGAAAACUUUUCCGUACUUCCACACCAGCGGAUUCAUUAAACACCUUGUUCUUUCUCUGCCCAAUUCAGUUGUACUUUCCUAGAGAUCUGUCUCAGUUAUAAUAACCUGUCAGAGUUUGAUGAGGCAUUCAUCUGCAGAAGAUUCUUCAACAACCAACAAGAGAGCUUUACUAAAGAUCUGAAGACAUUGAUGGAGAUGACCAACAACUCUUUCGAUCAAAUUAAUACAACUGCUGCACCUGAUAAAAAUGACUCUGUGUAUGGUGACAAGUAUGAUGGGCUGAAACAGUCUCUCAACACAAUGUCUGUAAUCCUUUAUUCCGUGGCCUUUGUCCUCGGUGUGCUCGGGAAUGGAGUGGUUAUCUGGGUGACCGGGUUCAAGAUGAAGAAAACUGUUAACACAGUUUGGUACCUCAACCUUGCUGUGGCUGACUUCCUCUUCACUGCAUUUCUUCCCCUGAGUGUGACUUACACAGCUUUGGAUUUCCACUGGCCUUUUGGCAAGUUCAUGUGCAAGCUGAACACCACCAUCAGCUUUCUGAACAUGUUUGCCAGUGUCUACAUUCUGGUGGUGAUCAGUGUGGACAGAUGUGUGUCUGUGGUGUGGCCUAUCUGGGCUCAGAACCACCGAAAUGUACGCAAAGCAUCCUAUGUGAGUCUGUGUGUUUGGGUGGUUGCUUUGAUUCUCAGUGCUCCAUAUUUCAUCUUCAGGGACACUGAGAAAAUGUCUGAAAACCAAAUCCUCUGUUUCAGCAACUAUGCUCUUUCUGAUAACUAUACAGCACCAUCUGUGAUUCAGUUUCGUCAUCUAGCCAUGACUAUCACUCGUCUCUUCCUGGGAUUUGCAGUUCCCUUCACUGUCAUUGUGUCCUGUUAUGCUGUCCUAAUCCAUCAUCUGAGGAGAAACCGCACCAUGGCCAGCCAAUCAACACGCACAUUUAAAAUUGUCACUGCUCUUAUUGUCACUUUUUUCCUGUGUUGGGCUCCCUUUUACAUAAUUGGUGUAAUUGAACUAGUGAAAUUCACGUCUGCUACUCAGAGCAACACAUUAGAUCUUGUCAUAGGUGUCGGGAUGCCUCUGGCCACCAGUCUGGCCUUUCUCAACAGCUGCUUCAAUCCACUGCUGUAUGUGUUCAUGGGCCAUGAUUUUAAGGACAAAGUCCGCAAAUCCAUCCGAAAUGUUUUGGAGACUGUCUUCCAGGAAGAGGAGACACGCACUCGCACUUACACAGGGUCAGUGGUCACCAGUCAAAACAAAAAUAGCUCAGAUUUGAAUACUGAGGUAUAAGAAACCAAAUAAUUAAACUGUAAAUGGCAGACAAUUGUGACAACUAUCUUAAAAAUGAUUCUAAAUGUUUCAAAAAUAUCUUAAAAUGCUUUGGGGCUUUUUUACUAGCCAUAGCAUUAAUCUGAUACAUGACUGCAUGAAUCUAUGAAUCACAGCAGUCCAUUCAGGUUACUUUUUUAUAGAACUAAAAGCAGUUAUACAAUGUUAUUGCUUCCAUUAUUGUUGCCUUUUUUCUGGGCUGGACUCCCUAUCAUUCAGCUGAUAGUAUUUAUUCCACCAAAUGAAAAAAUUCACUAUGCCAUUCAAUUGGGAUCUUUGUUGCCAAAAAUUUGGUCGUUCUUCACUGCUGCUUGAAUCCACUGCUGUAGGUCUUCUUGAGACAAGAUUUUAAGGCUGAAAUACGAAAAUCCAUCCUGAAUGUGCUGGAGAGCCUUCCAGGAAGAGGAGACACACUCUCCCAGUGACAUGAAGUCAGUGAACACCAGGCAGAGCAGAGAGAAGUCAGAUUAGAUUACUGAGGUAUAAGGCUGUAUAUGAGGUACAUAAACAUGUUAAAACCUUUAAUAGAAAAUUUCUUUGAGACUUUUUACUAGCUGUAAACAUGACUCCAGAGUAAAUCUUUAUAAAUCUUUAUAAACCUUUAAUGAAUGAAAUUUUGUUUAAUUUUGUUCCAAUAAACAAAAUUUCAAAUAAACCCUGCUCAUAAAAUUAUGG